CGCCACAUCCUUUCUGGCACAUGGUAAUCGCCACAUAAAUUGCAGUUCUAGCAGUUUCAAAUCAGGAAGUCCCGCUGAUCUCCGGCCUUGGGAACUGGAAUUCUCCGCCACCGGGAAGACCACGAGCAAGGGUGAUAAAGUGUGUAGGAGCAUUGUCAUUAAUCCAUGGGGACUGAGAACCCCAAUCGACCAAAUUUUCCGUCAAGACAUGCUUCCACACCUUUUUCAGCUCCACUAAGUUCAAUCCCUUUCCAAUCAUCUGGACCUGUCGUUGGGGCACAAACAUCCAAUUUUCAGCCUCCCCCUCCCACUUCUUACUCAUCUGGAUAUGUGGCUGGAUCAGAAUCUUCUGGUUUCAGACCCAUGGCCCCAGGGAUUUCUAGCUCUAAUGACCCAUCACGUCCACCUCCAACGCCAGCAUCCUAUGGUCCCUCAGCUACAACCUCUCUCCAGCGUUAUCCAACCCUGCCAUUUUCUUCAACUUCCCAAUUCCCAUCUUCCCCGUCAUCAGCUAGACCUGUUUCAGCCCCUAUUUCAUCGCCUCCAAUUCCCCUUGCGGGUCCUCCGCAGAGCAUGAGCACUUCUCAGCCGAGUGCUGCGGUUCCUCAGUCCCCUGUUGGUCCAAAUUAUCCAGCUCCUAUGCGUAGCUUUCAGCAAUCUAUGCCUACAUUUUCAUCAUAUUCUCCGGACAGACCCAUCUUGCAACCAGGUUUUCCAGGAUAUCCUAGCCAGCAAACAACUGUCGUUUCACAACCUCCAACUGGGCAAGCUACAUUCUUUCCUUCUCAACCAGGAGGAUAUGUGUCUGCACCACCUAGCUCUUUUCUUUCACAAGGAGGAUAUUUUCCACCCAAUCCAAUGACACUUUCUGGUUCUGCACCUCCCAUACCUCAAAUGCAUGGAUUGGUAGAAGACUUCAAAUCGCUUUCUAUUGGGUCUAUUCCAGGAUCUUAUGACACAGGAAUUGAUGCAAAAGUUUUACCAAGGCCUCUUGAAGUUGAAGACAAUAGGCAGGAGAGCCCCUUGUCAGAAAUGUUCCCUAUGAACUGCAGUUCUAGGUAUCUACGGCUGACAACCAGUGGCAUUCCAAACUCGCAGUCUUUAGCUUCAAGAUGGUAUUUAUCUCUCGGAGCUGUUGUGUGCCCUCUUGCUGAGGCUCCUGAUGGGGAAGUUCCGGUAAUCAAUUUUGCCACAACUGGCAUUAUACGUUGCAGAAAGUGUCGCACCUAUGUAAACCCAUAUGUGACAUUUACAGAUAGUGGAAGAAAAUGGAAGUGCAACAUGUGCCAAUUGCACAACGAUGUUCCUGGUGAUUAUUUUGCACAUUUAGAUGCCAGUGGCAGAAGAGUUGAUCUUGACCAGCGGCCUGAGCUCACUAAAGGUAGUGUGGAUUUUAUAGCUCCAGCUGAAUAUAUGGUCCGACCUCCAAUGCCGCCGUUGUAUUUUUUUCUCAUUGAUGUAUCAAUAUCUGCUGUUAAAAGCGGAAUGCUUGAGGUGAUAGCAAAAACCAUCAAAAGUUGUUUGGAUAGAUUGCCUGGAUUUCCUAGAACACAAAUUGGGUUCAUAACUUAUGACACUACCAUACAUUUUUAUAAUAUGAAGUCAUCUUUAGCACAACCUCAGAUGAUGGUUGUAUCAGAUCUUGAAGACACUUUUGUUCCAUUGCCAGAUGAUCUUCUUGCCAACUUGUCAGAAUCUAGAGCUGUUGUAGAUGCAUUUCUCGACUUCCUGCCUUCAAUGUUUGAACAUAAUUUAAAUGUGGAAUCGGCAUUUGGUCCUGCCCUUAAAGCUGCAUAUAUGAUUAUGAACCAACUUGGUGGUAAACUAUUGAUCUUUCAGAACACACUGCCAUCACUGGGCAUUGGCCGCUUGAUGCUGCGUGGAGAUGAUCCUCGCCUGUAUGGGACUGAUAAAGAACAUAUGCUGAGAAUACCAGAAGAUCCUUUUUAUAAACAGAUGGCUGCUGAUUUCACCAAGUAUCAAAUUUCAGUAAAUGUAUAUACAUUUAGUGACAAAUUUACUGAUUUAGCGACAUUAGGGACUCUGUCAAAGUAUACUGGCGGUCAGGUAUAUUAUUAUCCAAGUUUCCAUGCUUCCAUUCAUCAAGAUAAAUUGAGGCAUGAAUUGGAAAGAGAUUUGACAAGAGAGACGGCCUGGGAGUCUGUCAUGCGAAUACGAUGUGGAAAAGGCAUUCGCUUUACAACGUAUCAUGGUAAUUUUAUGCUGCGAUCCACUGAUCUACUAGCACUUCCAGCUGCUGACUGUGAUAAGGCUUAUGCAAUGCAGCUAUCACUCGAAGAAACACUGCUAACUACCCAGACAGUGUAUUUCCAAGUUGCUCUUUUAUACACAUCAUCGUCUGGAGAAAGGCGCAUUAGGGUACACACAGCUGCAGCACCUGUGGUUGCAGAAUUAGGAGAAAUGUAUCGCCUUGCUGAUGCUGGUGCUAUUGUUUCUUUGUUCAGUAGGCUAGCUAUUGAGAAAACUCUUUCCUCUAAAUUGGAAGAAGCUAGAAAUUCAGUUCACCUCAGAAUUGUUAAAGCCUUUAGAGAAUAUCGCAAUCUGUAUGCUGUUCAACAUCGACUGGCUGGGAGGAUGAUAUAUCCUGAAUCACUGAAAUUAUUGCCUUUGUAUGGACUUGCUCUAUCUAAGUCAACACCACUACGUGGUGGUUAUUCUGAUGUUCAACUUGAUGAGCGCAGCGCUGCUGGAUUCACUAUGAUGGCAUUGCCUGUUGCAAAGUUGUUGAAACUUUUGUAUCCUACUUUAACCCGCAUAGAUGAGUAUCUUCUGAAAGUUUGCAUUCGUGAGCAAGAUAAUGAAAUGUCAAGAAAGUUAAUGGGCUUGCUUAGAAAGUAUCGGCAAAGCGACCCAUCAUACCAUCAGUUACCUCACAUUGUGAGGCAAGGUGAACAGCCCCGAGAAGGCCUUUUCCUACUCAAGAAUCUAGUUGAGGACCAAAUGGGUGGUUCAAAUGGCUAUAUGGAUUGGAUUCUUCAAUUACACCGGCAAGUCCAGCACAGCUCAUAAAAUACAGUAACUCCUGAAAUUCAACGCCUGGAGUUUUUGCUGCCAAGUCCUGAUAUACUUUCCUCAACUUCUCGAUCUUCUAAUCAGCGUUUUGGAGUCACCCGAGGAAUUGCCUCUACAUGCUCAAGCAUGGAGCUAUGUAUUUUUUAUUCUUUUCCUCUACAUGAUCAAGCAUGGAGCUAUCUGGGGCCCGCGUUCUUGAUGAUGGAGUUGAGACAUGAGGAAAGGGGCAAAGGAAAAUAAUGAAGGUAGCCUGUAAAGUGAGACCUUCUUUGCCUUGUAGCAAAACUUGUUGUAGUGUUCUGUUCUAUAUGAAACCCCCCAUUAUUCUCAUUUUUUGUUUUACUUUCAUGGAUGGCGAUGCCUCCAAAUGGAAAUCUUUGCCCAGUCAUUUUAGGUACUACACACAUUAUAUACGGAGUAUUUGCACUUCAUAUGUUUUGCAUGGUUGGAAAUUUGGAGUUUUGAGCUCAACAUGUUUUGAAGUUAUGUCUUUUGUAGAACAUAUAAAAGGCAACAAAAGCUUGACAUUUUG